AAUCAGUGUUAAAACAACAAUAAUCUGUAAAUUAUUGUAUAAUAUUAGAAAGGUGGUGUUGGUUAUUGUCUACCACUGGUUCAAACGUUGCAAAUCUGGAUGUCAAAACAGAAAUUAUGAUUGCUGCCAAUGAUCCUCAGGAGUUUAUCCCGGGUGGACGGCAGCAAGCCCUUCGUCAUCCAGACCCACCCGAAUUAGAAUCGCUAAGCAUCCCGCUGGAAACCGGCGAUGAUUUCCUCUUACACCGCCUGGAAAGAGUAAAAAUUGAUGAAAACUCUGCUUCAGAAUGGUGGAUACUUCGUAAAUCCAUUGAUAAACCAUCAUGCAAUCAAAACUCAUCAACAUCCGCGUUAAAAACCGAACAAAACACUCGUAAUGCACGAGAAUCCGCCAAAAGUUUCCUCUCGGGCACAAAUUCUCAUAGCGAGAUGCUAUUUAAUGACUCCUGGUCACCUAAAUCAGUUGAUUUGAGUAAGAAAAUCAUUCCUGAUGUGACAGCUUCACGUUUGUUCGUAAAUAAACGCGUUUCGAAUGAAUUUGAACGCAGUAUACGCACGCCGAGUAACAAUUGCACAACAGCUAAAAAAAGGAUUAAAUUUCGUAGUCCUGAGGAUUCCAUGGAGGAAGAGUUGUAUGUGAAAGGAAAUUUAGUCAUUUGGAGCCGUGGGUUGUCUUAUAAUGACGACGAGAACGCCCGGAGUGUCAUCUGCAGUUAUUCCAGUUAUUUUCAGCUGAAAGAUGCGAUCUGGUGCACGUUUCAGAUGGAAAACCAGGAUUUAGUUGGUGUGGAUGAAGGCGCAGAGUAUAUUGGUGAACCAUUGGAUUGUCUGUGUAUAGCAGACACACAGAAUCUCAGGGUUUAUACUAAAGAUGAUGAGGAUUUCAUUACAACGCUGCCGUUUCCAGUGAAAAAGAUGUGGCCAACGAAAUUUGGGAUUUUCAUCGAACGGGAUGAUACUGAUGCGCAGAAAGAAUCUACACCGAUGAUUUACUCAAUGACGCAUCCCUUGGACAUUGCCGCCCCUGUGGCUUACUCUAAAGGCGGUAGUACGGGUAUAAUUCAUUCUAAAUCGUUUAAAAUGGUUUUUGCUUCUGAAACGCUUGAUUUGUGCCUGGUUUAUGACGAUUGCACUCAUCAACAUAUUAUUUGUCGUCUGCGAAGGUUGAAAACUGAUGAAUUGGAUGCUAUGAACAAGACAAAUGUUAAUUCGUCCCAGAUUCAUACAAAGAACUGCACAGUUGGUUAUUCACUCGCUGAAUCCUACCGUUCGAUGUUCCCAAUGGUAAGUUCAUUCAACAGCCGCCCCACGAGUGUCGCCAGCGGUAGUCUCUACCCAUCACGUGGUCAAAGCCCCCUUUCCGGCCCAUUAACAUCCUCACGCUGCCAAACACCAAUGGGUUCACCAGCACCGAAAAAAUCCAGCCCAUGGAUUCAACGCCUUUCACGCCUACACAGCACAGUUCGCUCUUGUGACUCAACAAAUCGCUUUCCAAGCACGGAAAACUCAAAUAUCAUCUCAACAGAACCCGUAUUCUGUCUGGAUCACAUCUGGUGUGAAUCCCUAAGCGAUUCCACUGUAAACUCACCAGCUACGAAUGUAUUCACCACCGAAGACCUCAUGGGACGAUGGUAUCUAUGUUAUUUAGUACCUUCAAGGUCACAAUUAUCGAUUGUCAAGUUCGAUUAUUCAAACAACAGCGAUGAUAUUGUCUUUGGUAAGAUGAUGAACAUCUCAGCGAAAGAUGCGGUGACAAUUCCGCAUCUACAUAUGUUAGCCAUAUUGGAACACACGUCAAAUGUGGUCCUCUAUAGUGGGUUAACUGUGAUUGGUAAGCUGCACAUUGGUGGUGCGCUUGCGCAACACGUACCGUCGCCAUUUGCAGUUAAGAAGAAGUUCUUCAACUCGCCGUUUCCACGCAGAAGCAGCUUAUUACCGACUAGUACACCAGUUGAUCCGAGAUUCGAUGAACAUUUACUCUCGCCUGUUUUACCCGCAACCAGACAAUCAGCGAAUACAAUCAUGCAGUUACCCGAAAUCGGCGAUGUAAGAGUUGUGUUGUCCGGGCUGAAAGACGCCAUUGAUAAUAGAAUGACGCUGCAAUAUUCAGAUGGCAGUUGUUACCGUGUCACUUUACCUAAUAUGGUUUAUUCGCAGCUGGUGGAGGAUUGCUUGAAUGCAUUGCGGGUUGCCUUACCUCGGGAUUUAGUCAUGACGACUUUAUCGAGAUGGUACGCUGCUAGGAACCUCCCGGGGAGUUUGGAUAUCUCACAUGAGGAGGAAUGGACGUUAUUCACGAAGAUGUUGUUUGAAUUGUUAGGUUAUGCUGCGCAAAACGAACAAAAAACACGGCGGAGUGCAGAACAUACGCCAUGUUCCGCACAGGUUAAACGUCAAAGACAAAGUCUAGAUGGCACUGUCCUCGAUUGGAAUUGCAUGCGUAAAAACAACAAUUUGGAGGUAAUCGAUAAAUAUUUACAGUUUUCUGGUGAUUGUGAGAAGAUACCACGUGAUAAUCCACAAAACUUGGUAAAUACACCCGGAAAUGUCUUAUUUUCACAUGUGUGUAUCAUCCACUACGUCCUCCAUCUUGUUUAUGAGGAUUUAAAACUAAACACGCUUAGAAAAGCAGAUUUGAGUUUACUAGCAGUGUUUCUAGCACAAAUAUCGACUGAUUUAGGUCUUGUGCAGUAUACAAUGCACUACUGGAAAGAUUUUCCUUUAGAGGUUAUAAUUUCCGAUGAGAAACGCGAUUUGAUUGAUAUGCGACAAGUUACAAAAUGGCCGCACAUACCGGACACCCCCACUGAUAUAAUGGCGUAUAUUCAAUCAUUGUGUCUUGAGACUGACAAGAAUAUUGACGGAUAUCCGGUGAUUGACAAUAUAAACACAAGAAGUAAGAAUAUUGUCAAGUUAUUGGCGACGUAUUUGAUGUGUGAUGCUGAUACUAAAGUAGACAAGUUUCUAAGGGUGAUAGCGCCACCUGGUAGUCGGAAUACAGUCGGUAAAAGUGAGGUUAAAGCAGCCGAGAGUAAAUAUAAAGAUGUAACAUGUGAGAGUGAAGCAGAAAAAGUGGUUAUUAUGAUGAUAGAGAUGAAUAUUACAACGCGGAGCUUGGAAACGUAUCCAUUAGCUGUCAAUUUUGUGCUCUACGACGCCCUCUGGCGGUGUAGAUUCGAUCCACCUACGGAUUGGCCUGCGGAGGCUUAUAAUUUACUUCAGCGGCCUGAUCUUGCUUCACAAUCAGAUAUAAUCAAAACAGCCGAUCGUAAUGAUUCGGAUAAUUUCGACAUCUUCGGUGAUUCCACAACGAAAAACCAACCACGUGAUCCCACAAUCAACGAUGGAAUGGAAGACAUGAAUAACGAAAUCUUAAAACUUCGUUUUUCCAAAGAUCAACGCGUCCAAGAGGUUAGAAAUUUAUUACAAUCAUCGAAACCUGUUGCUAUAAACGUCGUGCAACGCCCCGAUGUAUCCGAUCAUGACCAUCUCGAAGAGCAAGAGAAACAACUCUAUGCGAUUUGCACACGGACAAUGGCGUUACCAGUUGGGCGUGGCAUGUUUACUCUCCAUACAUCAACACCAAUCAUAACCGAACCACUCCCGGUGCCUCCACUGUGUCUAACGGGUAAAGCGCACCCUCGUGGCACAACAGUUGAACUAACACACAUUGACACGCCGUCUAAUAUGGCGCAUUGGCCACAGUUUCAUAAUGGCGUCGCGAAUGGCCUGCGCAUUAACCCCUCGGCGAAACACGUCGACAGCACGUGGAUUAUCUUCAACAAACCGCGAAACAACGCUGAGACUAUGAUGGAACACGCCGGGUUCCUCAUGGCGCUGGGGUUGAACGGCCAUUUGAAGAACCUCGCUAUUCUAAACCGGUUCGAUUACCUCGCGAAGUUCCACGAGAUGACUUCGGUUGGUAUCCUAUUAGGACUCGGAGCGGCGUUUCGAGGAACUUCCAAUCAAGCCGUGACGAAGAUGUUGAGUGUACACGUCGAAGGAUUACUCCCACCGACUUCGAUAGAAUUAGAUGUCCCACAGAAUUUACAGGUAGCUUCUUUAUUGGGUGUGGGGUUGAUAUAUCAAGGCACAGCACAUCGGAGAAUGAUUGAGGUUAUGUUGACUGAAAUCGGACGGCCACCAGGGCCUGAAAUGGAGAAUUCUGUUGAUAGACAGAGUUAUUCACUAGCGGCGGGUUUGGCACUUGGUUUGGUUACACUGAGACAAGGUGGAUCAUCGAUUGGUUUGUCUGAUUUAAAAGUACCGGAUACACUGCAUUAUUAUAUGGUUGGUGGAAGUAAGCGGCCAUUGGCAGGCACACAGAAGGAGAAGUACAAAGUUCCGUCGUUUCAAAUCCGAGAGGGCAGCACUGUUAACUUAGACGUCACUGCACCAGGCGCGACACUAGCGCUUGGAUUAAUGUAUCUAGGAACUGGAAACAAAGCAAUUGCGGGAUGGAUGUCACCACCAGACACACAUUAUCUACUGGAUUUCGUCCGGCCGGAUUUUUUAAUGUUACGCACACUGUGCAGAGCGUUAAUUCUAUGGAACGAGAUUGAUCCGUGUAAGGAUUGGAUUGAGAAACAAGUCCCAGAGUCAAUACGGCCGUAUUGCAUGGUGGAACCUAACCCACAAUGUGAUUUAGACUAUGAAGCAAUGAAUCAAGCGUAUUGUAAUAUAAUCGCCGGUGCAUGCUUCGCAAUUGGUUUAAAAUACGCCGGGACAGCCGAUGAGUCUGUCUACGACCUUCUCCUGGAGUAUUGCCACAUGUUCACCUCGCUCACAUCGAAAACCAUCGCGGAACUCGCUGGGAAACCCACAAUGGAGACGUGUGUCAAUGUAGUUCUCAUUUCGGUCGCUAUGGUGAUGGCGGGCACCGGAAAUCUCAACGUUAUACGCAUUGUAAGGUAUCUUAGACAACGCGUGGGGUUAUCAAGCAGUGCUGUGGUCACUUAUGGAUCUCAUAUGGCUCUGCACAUGGCGUUGGGGUUGUUAUUCUUGGGCGGUGGACGGUAUACACUUAGUAAUUCACCGGCGAGUGUCGCUGCGUUGAUUUGCGCGUUUUAUCCGAAGUUCCCAACGCAUAGUAAUGACAAUCGGUAUCAUUUGCAAGCAUUCCGCCAUCUUUAUGUGUUGGCGGCUGAGCCACGGUUGAUUAUUCCGACGGAUAUUGUCACUGGGAGGAUGUGUUAUGCGUAUUUACAGGUUGUGCGGUUGGAUGGACGUGUUUUUGCUGUGAAAGCGCCUGCGUUGAUUCCUGACUUGAACACGUUGUAUAAAGUUAGUGUUUUGGAUGUUAGGUAUUGGCCAGUGGUGUUUAAACGCGAAAGGAAUUGGGAACAGUUGUUGAAAGUCCUGAAUGCUUCCGGACAUGUAGAUGUGAGUCAACGCGCUGGUUGUUUGAGUUACAACGAAGAUAAAACUGGGUUUAGGAGUGAACUUGCAAGAACACUGACUAAAUCGGAUGUUGUGCCGUGGGAUCCGCCUGCCAAGUCGAUUUUAUCGUUUUCUUCGGAUACUAUUGUGCGGUUGUUUGCUGAUCAGUUUUUGACAGCUUCGAAUGAUAAAUCUUUAGUUAAUAAUGAAGAUUUUGAUGAUUCUGAAGCUGUGCAGACUGAAGAAAGUAAAUUUCAGCAGGCUUUAACACAGAUAACCUAUGAAAGUGUUAUUAAGGAUAAAUUAGCUGCGCUUCCAUUGUUUGUGCAGAUGGUUGAGAUUGUUAAAAACUUGUCAACGACUACGACGCCAUUGGAUAUCUGGCACCUAAAGAUAAUCCAAGCGUUUGUUUUGCGCAGUUCAUGGACAUCGGAGUUGAUAAACGACGAACAAAUACUCGCCCUGCAUCAGAGGGCGCUGACGACUGUGGAUAACUGGGAGCAGUUGUUGUGGGAGGCGCUGCGGGCGUAUGUCACCGGCCGCCAUUUUGUCUCCGAGUGUAAAGCGAUUGAUUUAGAUAAACUGGCUAAGUAUGUUGUGUUUUACGGUAUUCCGCAUGCGCUGCAAGCGGAAAACGUGGAUAUUUUGGAUCUGAUUGAGAAGCUAGAAGUAAGACACGCAUGUGAUGCGGAAAGUAUUGAUAAAGUUUUGAGAAUCUUGGGUUAUGUUCGAUAACUGUUCGAAAAAAAAAUAAACAAAUUAAGUUUAAACACAAUAUUAGGCAACAUAAGUUACAAUCAAGUCACAAAGUAGUAAUUUUAUAGAAAUUGGAAUGAUUUGUUGUUUGUUUAGUGGAAAUUAACUUGAAAUUAGUAGAAAUAGUUGACAGGGUUUAUAGGCAACCCAAAAUACUUAUUAUACCUUCGAUGAUCAGCAAAAUCAUGCGCUAAAUGCACGUAUGCAACGAGUAUUGAUAAAGUUUUGAGAAUCUUGGGUUAUGUUCGAUAACUAAAGGAAAAAUGAAUAAAAUUAAGUGUAAAUACAA